CCGGGCUAUGCCUUGUCUUGGCGUAGAUAAAUCACAUAAAUAACAGUCAGCCGACACAGAAAUCGCCGUCAACUGUGUUUCAUUUUGAUUAAGAAAAGUUUGUUGAGUGUUUCUAAUUUUCAAUUAAUACCGAUUUCUUUUUUAAAUGUGUAGAUGAGAUAGUGUUUGUGGCAUACUGUAUUUGGAAUAACAAAUCUGCGGAUACUUUAGUACCAGAGUUCAAUAGGAUUUUGUUUCGGAGCGGGGUUUGAUUACGAGAGAGAAUAUGUCGUUAUUUCUACCGCUGUGUUUGGUUGCACUGGCGUGUUUCCAGUGUGUCGGUGGGUUUGGUGCAGGAGCUCCUGCAGACCAUUGUGGAGCGGCAGCAACUAUGAAACCGGGGCAUGGUCUUCCAUCUCAAACAAGCGAUAUUCCGUAUACUCUAACUACAGUUUCUGGGCAGUCCACGUACAGCACGGGGGAAACAAUAUCACUUACGCUAGCAGGAGGCACUUUUACCGGAUUCUUGAUACAGGCGUUAUCAUCAUCAUCUAAUACUAUCGUAGGCACUAUGAUUGCUCCUGCCGGAGGACAAAGUCAAGUCUUGUUUUGUGGAGGCUCUGGCAACAAUGGAAUAACUCAUACAAAUAAAGUAUCAAAAUCAAGUUUCAACUUCCAAUGGGAGGGUCCAGACACUACCACGAGUGGAGCCGUAACUUUUCUUGUGACAGUCGUGCAAGAUUACUCAACAUACUGGGUUAAAGAAAUGCUGCUGACACUGACUCCAGCCGGAACUGGAACUACUUUAUCGGCCAUUUCACCAGAGACGGGUCAGACAACUGGCCCACAGCUCACAGUAACACCCCUCCCACAAACUACAGUUGUAAGCUCUUCUGCCAGUUCACCACUAACAACAAAACCUUCUUCACAGGGUGGUAAGAUUGAAUAUGAUCCUCAAUGUGGAGUUGUGAAAGGAUGCUUUGUUGACUGUAGCGGAAAUGAUUGUAAGUUUAUGGUUACGUGGAGGGAUCUGGGCUCGGCAGUGCAGUUUGAGCUGUUUGGCAAGCCUGAUCGGUCCUUUACUGAUGCCUGGGUAGCUGUUGGAUUCUCUUCGGAUACUCGAAUGGGAGAUGACAGUGUAACCGAAUGUGUGUACAGUAACGGAUUUAUACAAGCUUUUAGUUCUUACAACACUGGUUACUCAAACCCAAGACGACUGAACCCGCCAAAGAUCGGCUUGACUAAUGUGGAGGGGUAUUAUUUGGAUGGUGUAUUGUCUUGUACGUUUGUGCGCCAGAAAAGUCUCCCAGUACAAGGUUUUUUUGACCUCGAACAAGAUUGGCAUAUUAUGUUUGCACACGGAAAGGUGUUGCAAGUUCCCGCAUGGCAACUGUAUAUGCAUUCAACGACUGAACUUCCACCAGCAUCAGCUGCUAGAAUUGAUUACCAAUCUGUGGUUGUCAUUGGAAGUGUUGCUAAAUUUCCACUGGUCAAAGCACAUGGUUGUCUAAUGAUAUUUGCGUGGGUUUUAUUCACCGGUAUCGGCAUUGUUGUUGCGCGGUAUUACAAAAGUGUAUGGGCAGAUAAAACAUUCUUAAAACUCAAAAUUUGGUUCCAGGUACAUAGAGCAUGUAUGGCUACAGCACUUGGCUUAAACGUUGUGGCUUUUAUUCUCAUAUUUAUAGAAGUUAAAGGAUAUAGUGAUAUACCAGAUAUUCCGGGCAAAGGGUAUCUCCGAUCACAUCCAAUACUUGGAAUUAUAGUUACUAUUUUAUGUCUCGCAAAUCCUGUGAUGGCAUUCUUCAGGCCUGGGCCUGAUCAUAAUAAAAGGCCGCUAUUUAAUUGGGCCCAUUGGGGCGUUGGUAUGACAGCAUAUAUUUUAUCCGCAAUAUGCAUUUGUUUCGGCUUCCAGUUGGGGAAGUCAUCUACACCAGAUUAUGCCAUAUACAUCAUGAUAGUAUAUGUAUUAUAUAUAAUCAUAUUUGAUGUUGUCUUCGAGGUAAUGGAGUUCAUCAGUAAAAAAGAAAAGAAAGGAGAACUAACGUCGAUAUAUGAAACUUUACGUCCCACGUCUAGUUCUAAGUACAACGUCGCUCGCGAAAAUGUGAAAGUUGAAGGUAUGGAGAUGAGCACAAGAAAUGGAACGGAUAAUGGCGCAAUACCUAAUGGAAAUCACGUGACAAAAGACAAAAUUAAAAAGACUGAUAAAGUAAAGACGAUGCUUCUUGCACUUCACAUAGCGUUCACUGGAGCAUUUGCACUCGUUCUAGUGUUGGUUGUAGCCUUGAAUUAAACUCGAGAUUAAAACAGACUGUGAUGAGACGCUGAGGAGAAAUACUAUUGUGCUAUUUAUAUCCGAAAGAAGAAAUUAUGCAACAAAGGAACAAAACACUUUGAUAAAACAUAUUAAGAUCUUUAUUUCCUUAGGAGUGUAUACGUUUUAUGAAACAUUUCUUCAUCAUUUUCUGGAAAUGUAGUGACAGGUAGACUUGAAGAUAUCCAGAUUUGUGCGUAACUUUCAGGAGUUUUUUCCAAGAAAAUUACGUGCUGGGAGUGUCAACGAUACUGCAAAACUCUGGUGUCGCUCGAGCAUGUGUGGUAUCAACUUUGAAUGACAACAGUUCAUAUCAAUAUCAUUAUAAAUAAACUUGUAUCUAAAGGACACAAAUUGAAGCCGAUUUGGAAAGAUUAGGCAGAAUUUUGCGUGAAUGGACAUUGAUGCACGAGCUUUGACCGUGUCAGUAUCAACCCUAUAUUUAGUAUGAGAAUUUACGUGACUUGAUAUUUACCAUUAAGGGUAUAUGUCAAACUCCAGCGCUUUGCAAAAAAAUAGAUAUAACAAACCCAUCACUAGAGAGUGAGCAGAACAAGUGUGGCCCCUAUGCCCAUACAAAAUAAAAUAAAGAACAGGGUCUUAUUUACCUAUCUCUUGGAAAAACUUAAUUGAAUUAACGGACCGAUAUUGUAUAGUGGCAGAUGCUUAUAGCGUCAUUAUUUCUGUAUGUAGAAAAUGUUCGAAGAUAUAAAAGAUAUAACAAUAACUUUAUCCCUAAACAAACUGGGGGAGGGGGCACUUAAAAGUUGCCUUUGUCCGUCCGCCUGUCCGUCUGAAUUUGUGUCGUGCAUAUCUCAAAGUAAUCAAACCUCACAAGAUUGUCAUUCAGCAUGUGACUGUGUGUAUCUGGUGUUUUAAUCAGGAUAUCACACAGCCAGAUCUGAGGUGUGGCCCUUGACGUAGUCAAAAAUGUGUGUGAAAAGGGCCUCUAACUUUGUGUCACAUGUAUCUCAAGAAUAAUUGACCUCGAAUUAUGAAACAUUACUGGAAUAUUAUUCAGCAUGUGAAGUUGUGCUUCUUGGUUUUGUUAGAGAUGUCAUUCAGCCAAACCAGAAUGAAUUAUGGCACUUGACUUUGUCAAAAAUAUGCAUUAAAGCAUUAAAAAGGGCAUAAAUAUUUGGUUGCACGCACCUUAAAACGUAUUUGACCUAGGGUCAUAAAACAUGAUAGGAAUAUUAUUCAGCAUGUGAAGUUGUGUAACUGGGAUUUUGUUCGAUAUUUCUGUCGGUAAGACCAAUGUUUUGGUCCUUGAUUAAAUAAAAAAUAUGCAUAAAGGGUAUGCAAGUUUGUGAUGCAUGCAUCUCAAAAAGUAUUUAACUUUGUAUCAUAAACCUUUGAGGAAUUGUUAUAUAUCAUGUGCACCUGGUGUUAUGUUAGGCAUUUCUAAUCAGCCAGACCAGAGUUAUGGUCCGUGACUUAGUGAAAAAUACUAAUAAAGUGCUUUACUGUUUGCGUCGCAUGUUUCUUAAAAUGUACUUGACCUAGUUAUAAGAUAUUUGAGGAUUAUUAUAUACCACGUGAAGUUUGCAUUUGUGCUCUCUUUGAGAUUUCACUCAGCUAGAUCAGAGUUGUGGUCCUUGACUUGGUGAAAAACAUACAUAAAAUUCUGUAAAGUUUGUGUUGCAUAUAUCUUAAAAAUAUUUCACCUAGAGUCGUGAAACCAUGUACAGUGACAGGAAGUGGGGGCACCUGUGUCCUAAGGACACAUAUCUAGUUCUGCUUGCUUCAACAAUCUUCACUCUCUUUGACGAAAUGUCAUAAGGAGAUAAUUGACAAGAAAAUACAAGACACAGGAAUGUCGCAUGUUUUCAUUCUCAACACAUAAACAUAUAAAACCGUAUGUCAUAAACAUAAUGUUUGUCACAUCGAAUGAAUGAUAUUUUUUUCCAGAUUUUAUGAGAUGAUGUUGUUUUAUAAUUAAGAUGUCUACCGUUUAAUCAUUCUGUUUUAAUGUGCAUUAUAUCAAGAUCUUUCUUAUAAGUUGUUUUGUCUCGUUGUUAUAAAAUGAGCCGUGCCAUGAGAAAACCAACAUAAUGGCUUUGCAACCAGCAUGGAUACAGACCAGCCUGCGCAUCCGCGCAGUCUGGUCAGGAUCCAUGCUGUUCGCUUUCAAAGCCUAUUGCAAUAAGAGAAACUGUUAGCGAACAGCAUGGAUCCUGACCAGACUGCGCGGAUGCGCAGGCUGGUCUGGAUCCAUGCUGGUCGCAAUGUCACUAUGUUGGUUUUCUCAUGGCACGGCUCAAGUAUGUGUGGUUUUUGUUACCUUUUAAAUGUUAUAACAUUUACAAAUGUUUUUACCUUUACUAUCGAAACAUUUCAAACUGUUUACCUGUACUUUGUCUAUUUCACUACGUCAUUAACUUUUACAUGUAUACUAUAUACUUAUAAAUCAUUUUUGGUUGGUAAUUCUACAAAAAUAAUGUUCAUGGUACUUUUUCUCUUUAUUUAACCUUUACCCUGCUAAAUUUCUAGAGUGGACUGGUCCAUCAUUCAAUUUGAAGGUGUGUUCAAUGAAAAUUUACUGACUGAAUAGCGAACAGUGCAGACCAUGAUCAACCUGCACGCAGGUGCAGGCUGAUCUUGGUCUGCACUGUUCGCAAAGGUAGAUUCACUUGCCGCCAGCAGGCUAAAGGUUAAAGAAGCUGUUACGGGUUUUUAACUGUUAUUCAUUCGAAUUACAUCAGAAAUGUGUUCACCCUCACGUUUCUCAUGAGUAAAGAUAUUUCAAAUGUUGCCUGAACUGAAAUUAAAUGUUACUAAUUGUAUUCAUGGAUAUUCCCGAUGAAAUAUACUGUAACAUAUAUUUUCUCAUUUCCAAACAGAAUGAUUUGAGGUAUAUCAAAUGAAUAUGUAGAUCACGGAUUUCUGCAUAUGUCGGUUUAAGAAUUUUGUUUCAUCCUUAGAGAGGGGGGUUGUGUAAAUUCUGUGAUAACAAGGGUUGUAGCCUUUUACUUAUAUUCAGCCGGUUUUUGAUGUAAUAUGUUUUAUAAUCCCCUUUUCAAAUACAUCAACGCAAUUUAUUUCCCUUGGAAAGUACUGGAAGGUCAUUUUUCUUCAUUAACUUUAAAUUUGCUGACAAAUCAAUCUAGUUUUCUUGAUUCUAACGAUUUAUUUUAUAACCGUCGUCACUUGUAUGCUAUAUAUGCGUUUUUUUUGAACAAAAAGAAUCGUUUCUUUUUUAAUUCUAAGAAAUUUUAUUCCGGAAAGAAUAACACAUACAUGUAUAUCUUUUUGUAACAUUUAGUCAGAAGUUACCAAUAUCAUCCAUAUCCGUAUUUGAGCAUAAUAGUAUACUGUAUAAACUGUUAUCAAGAUACGUUCAUGAAAUAACCUACUGUAACCUCAUGGUUUCACUACUUUCACCCGAGAUUGUCCAUCAGUUGUCUACAAUUGGUGUGUGAACCUUGUUAAGAUCACAUUUUAUGCCCCCAAAGGUGGGCGUGUUAAAAUCACACUGUCCGUCCGUGUGUGCAUUCGUGUACAUUCUUGUCCGGGCUAUAACUCUGUCAUCCAUAAAGGGAUUUUGAAAUAACAUGGCAUAAAUGUUCACCUUAAUGAGAAGACGUGUCAUUCGCAAGACCCAGACCCGUAACUUCAAGGUCAAGGUCACACUUAGAACUUAGAGGUCAAAGGUUAACAGGGUUUGUUUCGUGUCCGGUCCGUAAGUCUGCCAUCCAUGAAGGGAUUUUGAAAUAACUUGGCAUAAAUGUUUUCCGUGAGACGACGUGUCAUGCGCAAGACCCAGACCCCCAGCUCUAAGGUCACACUUAGAAGGGAAAGGUUAACAGGGUCUGUUUCGUGUCCUUUCCAUAACUCUGCCAUUGACGAACGGAUUUUGUAAUUUCUUGGCAUAGAUGUUCCCCAUAAUGAGACGACGUGUCAUGUGCAAGAUCCAGACGGUACCAGACCCCUAACUCUAAGGUCAAGGUCACACUUAGAGGUUAAACGUUAACAGGGUCUUUUUCUUGUCCGGUCCGUAACUCUGCCAUUGAUGAAUCGAUUUUAAAAUUACUUGGCAUAAAUGAAGAUGAUGUGUCAUGCGCAAGACACCGACCCCUAGCUUCAAGGUGUCAAUUCACACUUAGAAGACAAAAGUGUAUCUUGUCUGGUCCAUAACUGUGCCAUUUAUCAAGGGAUUUGAAAAUAAUUUGACACAAAUGUAAACCAUAUUGAGAUGUGUCAUGCUUAUGACCCGGGUCUCUGGGGUCAAGGUCAAGAAAUGAUGAGUGAUUUUUUUGCGCAGACAACUGUACAUAGCAUUCUUGGGCACGCUUCGGGGGCAUUUGUCACCAAUAGUGACAGCUCUUGUUUGUCCAGUGUAAUGUUUGGCUCAAUACAAUCUUCGCAGAUAUUGAUUCUCACAUAUUGGAUGUACGCAUGCAUUGAACGUACAAUAUACUGACUAAGGUCAGAGUUUAACUUAGGUGUAAUAGUGUACAUUCAAUGCGUGUCCACGUUCAGUGUGUGAGAAUUAAUGUCAACCAUGAAAUCUUGGACGGGUUUGGUACUGGGUCAUCCAGGACACUAGGUCAAAUCAUAGAGAAAAUUGUGGACGCUAGGCCCCAUUUUCUAUCCAAUCUUUGUAAAACAAGGUCGGAUUGUUUGCCAGUAAUAUUCGGAAAUGGGUCUUCUUCUCCUUGUCGUUCGCGACGGAAAUGGGUCACCUAAGGUCAAAAACUAGGUAUUGGUCAAUGCAUGGAAAAGCCACUAAUGUUAACACUCUAGAGCCAUAUUAUAUGCCAUCUUAGUUUAAAACCUAGGUUCCUAGGUCAAGGCAUAGAGAAACUUUGUUAACACUUUAAAGGCAACAUUUCAAUCAGUAUAUUGCCAGGAUGUUUGUCUUUAACAAAUCUAGGUCAUGUUCCAUGUCAUCCAGAGUUAAAACUUCAUCACUUCAUCGAAUUAUGGAUAAACCUUGUCAACACUCCAGAAGGCAAAUGUUUACCCAGGGACAUAUGAUUUGGUUAAUUUGUCUUUACGAAAUCUAUAGGAUUAUGUGGGAUCAAAAACUAGGACCUUAGGUCAAAUAAGAUGAAAGCUUAUGUUUCCAGUUACCAAGAAUAAAUGCUACAUGAUUUGUGAAAAUAACGCAUGACCGUCAGCCAGCAAGUGUAGUUUCCAUGAGAUCUCGUACCCGUGUGAGUUCUGGAACUCAGAUGAGCGUUCACGGUCCAUUAUUGCCUUCCUGUUACGUUUCUAGAUCAUGUUAGCUAUAAAGCAAAACAAUGGAGGAUAAAAAAGUAAACAAGUGUAUUCAUACUCACGGUCAAAUUCUGUUGUGAGAAACUGUAUAAAUGUAUGCCUAUAUUUUCUUGCAGUACAAAAAUGUGUCACAUGGUCAUUUAGCUAUAUAUGAGCCACACCAUGAGAAAACCAACAUAGUGCAUCUGCGAUCAGCAUGGAUCCAGACCAGCCUGCGCAUCCGCGCAGUCUGAUCAGGAUCUAUACUGUUCGCUAGAGGAACAGUUAGCGAACAGCAUGGAUCCUGACCAGACUGCGCUGAUGCGCAGGCUGGUCUAGAUCCAUGCUGGUCGCAAAUGCACUAUGUUGGUUUUCUCAUGGGGCGAGUCAUAUGUAGUUCACUUGCAAUUUAUUUAUGCAUCAUUUUAUGAAUCAAGUCUAUACAAUUUAUACUUAACAUGUUAUAAUUAUUGUUAAUAAUGCUAUCUUGUAAAUACCAUUAUGAAAAUACAAAUCUAAAUAUUGAUGAA